ACAUGGAGGCAGCCACUUAAAUCGUCUUAUCAAGAUAGAAGGGAGAGAGAGGGAGAGAGAGAAUCUGGUCCAUUCAAGCUGGCCUGAGAAGAAGGAAGCUUCACUUCUGCCUUGAGAUCAUCAUUUUAUAGGACGAGCCUUGGCGUUCCCUCACACAAACUGCGGAUCGCGCAUCAGCAUAGGCUACUGAACUUUUAUCCCACUGAAACUUGGGCGGGCUGCAUUUACGAAUCUGGAAAGGAUGCCUAGACCCGGGAGAAACACUUAUAGCGACCAGAAACCUCCGUACUCCUACAUUUCGCUCACCGCCAUGGCUAUCCAGGGUUGUCCGGAGAAGAUGCUUCCUCUUAGCGAAAUUUACAAGUUUAUUAUGGAUCGCUUUCCGUACUACCGAGAGAACACUCAGCGCUGGCAAAAUUCCCUCCGCCACAACUUGUCCUUCAAUGACUGUUUCAUUAAAAUCCCCCGCCGCCCGGACCAGCCGGGCAAGGGUAGCUUCUGGGCUCUCCAUCCCAGCUGCGGCGACAUGUUCGAGAACGGAAGUUUUCUGAGACGCCGCAAACGCUUCAAGGUAAUGAUGACAGCAGACCACCUGGCACCCAGCAAGCCCUCUGACGCUGCCCACUACCUGCAGCACCAUGCCAAGCUGAGGCUCAGCGCCCUGGCAGCGACGGGCACCCCUCUCCCCCAGAUGUCCAGCUACAACUUGGGAGUGUCCCAGCCGUCCACGUUCAAGCACCCCUUCGCUAUCGAGAACAUCAUCGCGCGAGAAUACAAAGUGCCAGGGGGACUGGCGUUCUCCACCAUGCAGUCCAUGUCUGCCGGGUAUCCUCUGCACAACCAGCUGACCACAGCUUGGCCCCAUAUGUACAGCACUAGCGUGAUCGACAGCGCGGCGCCCAUCACAAUGACCAGCAGUGAUUACAGUGCCUACGGUAUGCCAAUCAAGUCCCUGUGCCACGGGGGACAGACCUUACCGGCCUUUCCAGUCCCGAUCAAGCCGACCCCGGCGUCGUUGCCCGGUCUCUCGGCAUUGCCGCACCACAUUCCCGCUUUCCUGUCGAACUCUCCCCAGUCGCUGAGCCCGACGUCCCCGCAGACAGCGACCAGCCAAAGCAGCCCUAACACCCCGAGCGAGACUCUGACGAGUCCCUCGACGCUCGUGUCGGUCGCUGUGCACUGACACGUACAGGUGUCGUUACCUGAGAACUAGGCCUCUUGGUCAAAUCCUACUCCAAAGUUGAAUUUUAAUUAUAGACCUUGAAAACGUACGUCGAAAACACUCGCUACAAUCAAGGGAAGAGCUAUCUACGUUGCUGUGACAUUAAUUUAUGUGUAUGUGUUUAAUUUGAAGUGUUGCUUUUGAUGAUUCUAAUCACAUGGAUCGAACACGGAUAUACUGUGAAAUGGUCAUCGUUUUCCAAAAUAUCAAUGUUCAAUUGAACUAUUCUGAACGUAGGCCUACGUCUUUGUUUUAUUGGUUGACUGUUGGCAAAUUCCAAGCAAGCACUGAUAUCUGUUACAUGUCUAAAUUGCAGAAGGCAAUUGCUAGUAAUUUGACAGAUUGGUGUCUAUUCAGACCAUUAAAUGUUUUUUUUUUUUUUUCGUAAAUAAUUGUUCGUUUUCCAUUUGGACGAGAUUCCCAUUUGCCGGCUUGGAAUGCUCUAAUUGUUCUUGACAACUAAACUUUUGUCUCAGUCUGCAUACCAAAUAUAACCAACAUGUCCACUUGAUUUUAAAACACACACACACACACACACACACACACACUGAAACAAGUACAGUAUUUGCUACUAUAUCGAACUUGAAAAACAAAAUAGAUUUAAAGGAUACGUUUAUCGCAUAAGGCGACGUAAAUUUGUGAAUAACUGCAAAUAAUUGAUAUUGAAUUGUGUAAAAUGCACUUUUUAGUUAGAUGUUUUACAUUUUCUCGAUUUUGCAGGAAAUGUUUUGUGAGCAUUUAAUUUAAAGCCGUGGUGACCAUGUGUAUUAAAUGCCGUCCAUUUGUACUUUUUGUUCAGAUAUAUGAAGCAUGCCUUUUCCAGACUUUGUGUUGUUUUGCUGCAAGCAUGCGUGCUUUUGAAAGCUGUGCAAAACGUCUGCAUUAAAUUAUAAACGUGGUCAUCAGAAUAUUUUUUCAUUAAAAUUGU